AGAUGAACGUGAUAUGUUGGAAAAUAAUCAGAGUUAAAAGCGGAAUGUUUUUCUUCUACUUUUCGCUCGUUCUCAUUCCACUCAAAUCUUACGGAUUAAACGAAACUGGUCAAAAUUUUCCCUCAGUCACCUGCCCUAAUAAAUUACCAUUGCCAAAAGGAUACGUUGAAUGGACAGACAAUCCAGAGAAAGUUAUUUCGGUAGAAUGGAUGUACGGCAAGCAUAUCUGCGAGUCCUUUCCAACUUGUCAUCACCUGGGCAAUGAAAUAGAGUCAUUAUCCCCGCAGCUAAUGCCCGUGGAAAUUCAGCCUGGAGUUCGUCUACGAUUCUACCCGAGUCGGAAAAUAAAUGAAUCAAUAGCAUUUCAAUAUUUUAAAGUGGAUAACAAUUCAUUUGAAAUAUGCCAGACAUCUGGAGGGAAACCUCUUGUUGGAGAAAGGACCUCUGAGGAUGUUUACAUCGAACUUAAAGAUAUGGACUAUGGUUCGAAUUACUUUUUGGCGGAAAUGACGCCUGAAUUGAUAUACAAAUGUAAAUACGGCCUAAAAUUGAACGUAACUGUAAAGAAGAAUGAUUGUCAAGAACCUAAAAUGAAAGAUGCUUGCUGGAAACGAGGACGAUGUGUGACGCAUAGAACGCAGAAAUCUUACACUUGUCAAUGCUGUCCUGGAUGGACAGGUAAAUAUUGCGAAGAUAAGGAUGCUUGUGUCUCGUCGCCGUGCUUAAAUGAUGGUAAAUGCUUAGAUCAUUACGGAGAUCCGACUGGAAAAAAAUAUAAUUGCAGUUGCAAACUAGGUUUUACGGGUGAGAACUGUGAAAGCCAUGUGAACAACUUGUGCGAUAAACAACCUUGCUUGCAUAAUGCAACUUGUGUAGGUAAUCGGACAUAUUUCGAGUGCAAUUGCCCGCCAGCUUUUAAAGGAGAUCACUGUGAAGUUGACAGGAAUGAUUGCUAUAGUAACCCAUGCAUUAACGGAUUGUGCAUUGAUAAGGCAGAUGCUUACCAAUGUUACUGUAUGCCAGGAUAUUCUGGACGAAAUUGCGAAAUCAACUUACAAAAAUGCGUUAGUUCGCCCUGCCAGAAUGGGGGACAUUGUUCGCAGAUAGGAAGUGGAUACGAAUGUUUCUGUCCAAACGGAUUUACGGGAGAAAAAUGCGAAAUCAAAGUCGAUUUAUGCAAGCCGUCCCCAUGUAAGAAUGAAGAAGAUUGCGUCGAUCUUGGCAAAGAAUUUAAAUGCAUUUGCAAAAAUGGAUGGACAGGUAAUCUUUGUGAAAUUAACGUCAACGAAUGCGAAAGUUAUCCUUGCAAAAAUGGAGGAAAAUGUAAAGAUUUAGAAGCUUCCUUCGAAUGUCUCUGUUUUCAUGGAUUUAGCGGAGAACUCUGCGAGGAUUUUGAUGUCAGUACUGUAGGCAAUGAAGUUUCGAAGGGAACGUUCCCCUCAAAGAUCAAUCACUUGGUUAUCAUCGCUGGAACGUUAGGAGGCGCUGUACUUUUAGCAGUAAUUAUUCUUAGCGUGUGUUAUUUCAAAACCCAUGGGACAAGUCAAAUUAGAGCUUGGAAACAAAGGUAUUUUGCGUAUGAGAGGCAUGAAAAGUAAGUCAUUCAUAUUGAAAAAGACAGAUAAUGUCUUAACUUCAAAGUAUAAUCAGCAAAAGCAACUAGCUUAUUGGCUGAUGCUCCAUCUUUAAAUUUUUUAUAUCAUUUCCAUUCCUUCCCCUUUUUUGCAGUUCCACGUCACAAGUUUCUGAGAAUCCAAGGAUGAAAGAUAUGUAUAAUUCCAGGUUGUCAGCUGAUGCUAUUUAUGAAGCCACAAGUAUCAACUAUAGUGAUAAUUCAUUAAAUACUCCACUCGUUAAAUCACUUAAAGCAAAGAGAAUUUGACAUUUCUCGUCAUUGUUCAUUGUUUUUUUUUUUAAUACUUAAUAAUCAACUCAGAGAGAGGAAGAUAAACAUUUUACAGAUAAAUAAAAAGGUGGUAGAGAAAAAUGAAUAAUAAAAAUAUAUAUAAGACAAGUCUUCUUUUUCGUCAAUGUAUCUAUUGCUCUAAAUCUCUCUUCCUUUCUUUCUCGAUAUCAAUCUAUCUCUAUCUGUCAAUCUACACAUAUAAAUAGCAUAUAUAUAUAUAUAAAAACAAUGUAAAUAUAUAAAUUUAUACAGUAUAUCUAUAGUUCUCCAUCUCCUCUAAUAAAAAAAACUGAUGAAAUAAAAAGCUUAUUUAAGUUCUUCAAUAAAGCCAAUUUAGGUCAUUUUGUUCUUAUAAAUUAUCUAUCCGUCUUAAUCUGUUUGGAAUCAUGGUGACGUUAUUUUUUUUUCAAUUUUUGUUAAAAAAACACAAAGAAUAAAGAAAUAAUAAAUAAAAAUAUAGGAUACUAAUCCAAAUGACUUUUAUUAAUAAAAAAUGGAUUAAUUCCAUAGAAAUAAAGGAUCCGGAAUGCUAUUAUAAAAGUGACGGACACGUUAAAGAUUCCUUUACGGAAUUCUCUAAACGGUUUUUUUGUCGUUUAUCAAUUUUAACAGUUAUUCUUUGUUUGAUAUUUCGUUUCUCAAUUAUUAUAAUGAAUGAAUUGGAACUUUCACCAGUUUUAACCGAAACUAUGGGACCUUUCCAAUUCGUCCGAUCGAGAAAUACGAAGAUAAAUAAUGAGAAUAAGACGUGAUUAAAGAAAUUAAACUCUAGAGAAAGAAUCUUAUGGCUCCAUCUAUCGUAUUUGCUUUCUAAAUAGUUUAAUACAUUAUAAACAAUUUUAAAAAUUUCACCAACGAAUACAAAUCUUUUGAUUGAAUGCAUUAACCAUUU